AAGUGUCAAUUAUUGGUUCGUGCUUCUCACGCUCACCGACUGAGAAUUGAGAAUUUAUUCAACUGUAUGCGAAGUGCAAAGAAAGCGGAUUUAUUCUCGGAUAUCCACGAAGAAGGUAACUGGGUAGUCCGUAGUCUAGUUUCCUCAUCGUCAUCCUAAAGUUUCAGACUUUGCGCCGGUGUCUGUCCGGAAAUGGAGGUAGAUAGCCAGACCAACCCAUCACAGAUUAAGAGCUUGCUCAAUGGGUCAAUGAACAUUGUUGACUUUAACAAGAAAAGAAAGUUAGAGGCUGAGCAGUUGGGCUUGCCUAUAUCAAAGCAUCAAUGUUGGAAUCGGAGCUUACCAUCAAAGCCUCCGACCUUUAGCAGCAUCCAGGAAGUAGAGGGGUUUAGUCCAUGCACUUUCAAAGGAAAGGGAGGGGCUGCUUAUGAUGUAUCCGAAACUGGAUCAGCAGAAGAUAGCAAUAGCUUUUCUGAAGACUCUGACUAUGCAAUGUCUGUGCAUUAUGAAGCUAAAUUUGGAACAGAGGACACAAAGUAUUUACUAUAUGGCAGAGCUUCCUCCUCAUCUUCUGAUUGGGGAUCCAACUCCCAAGGUUCCCUUUAUUCUUCAGAUAGUACAGCAGUAGUUUCAAGCAGUGUUGAAAAAGAAGUACAAUCUUCUCCUGGUGGGGAGCCUGAACCUGCUAAUGUUGAACUAGCUGAGAAUCUUGAGGAGUCCAUUGUAGAGUAUGGAAGUCAUGUAGAUUACAUCUACUCAGGAUACGGAAACUACCCCAUAGAGGCAUACCAAGAUAAGGAAAUUGAGGAAAUUCUCAACACCAAUGGGGCUAAUCCAAAUGUUUAUGUUCUUUCAUCUGGAAGAUGGAGUGUCAACCAAGGGGCUUCACAAACUGCAAGGAAACCAACCAUUGAUCAAGAAUUUGAGCAGUAUUUUUCUACGCUUAUGCUCUAGAGGAGAGUACUUCAAUCUGAAUGUCAAAGCUGUGUAUAUAAUAUUGUAUAUGGCUUGACAUUAAAGUCAAAAUGUAAAAAUUGGAUUGUUUUUUGUGGUUGUCUAAGUAACUAUUUGCUAGAGAUUUGAGGUGACUCUACCUUUGUCUCUCCCAUCUUAAAGCCAACUUUAGUUCUGGUGUAUAUAUUAUUUAUAGUAAUAAAAUGUUGGUUUCAUGUAGCUAUUAUAA